AUGGGAUAUACGACGUUGUGGAAGCGGCUCUCGCCGCGCCAGCUGAAUGUUACUAUCCAAAUUUUCUCCCUCAUUUCCAUCUUCUUCGAGGGUUAUGACCAAGGUGUCAUGGGCGGCGUCAACUCUGCGCCUAAUUAUGUCACAGAGGUCGGUAUCGGUAAGCCAGAUGGCACAGUGACCAACACCACGCACCAGGGCGGCAUUGUCAGUGUCUAUUACCUGGGUGCUAUCUUCGGUUGCUUUGCUGGAGGAUACUUGGCUGAUCGAAUCGGCCGCAUCAAUGGUCUUCUGAUGGGUGCGUCGUUCGCCUUGGUCGGCGGGGCUUUACAGAGUGCCGCUCAGAACUCGAACUUCAUGAUUUGUGCUCGGGUUUUGACCGGUAUUGGCACUGGAGCUUUGACUGGUAUCACGCCUGUUUUGGUCUCGGAAACCUCUUCAGCAGAUCAUCGUGGCGGUUUUCUAGGCUACGUUUUCGUUGCAAACUACCUUGGGAUAUCGGUCGCAUAUUGGAUCUCUUUCGGUCUCGCGUUCAUCGACAACGGCUAUUCUGAAGUGAGAUGGCGGUUCUUGCUCGCGUUUCAAUGCGUUCCAGCCUUGAUCCUUCUCUCCUGCAUCAAGAUGUUACCCGACAGUCCCCGAUACCUCGCUUCAGUGGGUCGCAAACAAGAGGCUCGUGAAUUGCUAGAUCAACUUCGUCGACACCGCGCCACCCCUCAAGAAAUUGACCAUGAGUUUUUCGAGAUUGUGACAUUGGCCGAGGAGGGGAAACGUAGCAGCUCUUUCCAAUUCGCAAAAAUCUUGUUUGGGCAAAGUGGAAAGAUGCAUCCAAAUUUGGGCAGGCGAGCUUGGCUUUGUGUCUGGUUGCAGAUCAUGGCCUCCUGGACGGGUAUCACUGCUGUCACUGCAUAUGCUCCGGUUCUCCUCAAGCAAGCCGGGUAUAGCGAAAUCACCAUAAACGGUCUGGCUGGUGGUAUCAACACAAUUGGUAUUUUUGGUACCCUCAUCAGUGCCCAAAUUGUCGAUCGCUUAGGCCGACGUGCCUGCCUGAUCGGUGGUGCAGCCCUGUUGUUUAUCGUCAAUUUGAUUGCUGGGGCUGUCUACGAGGGCUCGUUGCAGAAUCCCGACAAGGCGGCUCAGUACGCUCCCGGGGCUGUGGCUAUGUUGUUUUUAUUCAAUCUUAGUUAUGCUGCGACUUGGGGUACUGUCGCAUUUCUGGUGCCCACAGAGAUAUUUCCGAGCGAUCUACGGGCUCAGGGCAAUGGCUUUGGUAUUACCGGAUGGGCUAUCGGUGUUGGGAUGACUACCCUGGUCAAUCCAGUCAUGUUUGAGGCCCUGACAAGCCGUACUUACUUCCUCUUCGCCGGUCUCAAUUUACUUUGGAUCCCCAUUAUCUAUCUCUUCUACCCUGAAACAUGUAAUCGUUCCCUGGAAUCGAUCGAAACAUUGUUCUCUACACCAAGUCCCUUCCACUGGAAGAUGGAACAGGCAUUUGCAUUACAUGGUAAUGUUUUGGCGGAGCGUGGGAUCAAUAAGAAUGUUGGUUUUGAUGAUGAUAGAAAUGAUUUUGGAUCAUUUGACAAGCCACAAGAUCAGAUGAUUGCCUAA